CCUUAGUCGUCUGCGUAUGAUCGUUUCGUGUGUGAUAUGUUAUGUGGUGUGUCCAAAGUACGAUCAGAGUUCCGGUGUUUAAAUUCUUCAAUUCUUGAGUGAUUUUUUUUUUAAAGUAUUCGCUACAUUAAGUUAUAUAAAGUAAAAACCUUUUUGUGUCGUUCAUUUUAUCGGUUGUGAUGAAUAUAUUAAUACUUUUUUUUUAAUUACAUAGGAAUUUUAAUUAUUGUGACGAAAUGUGAUAAAUAUUCGUAACUUAUAAUGAAAUGAGUAUCCGUGAUGACCAUGAAGAUGUCAACCGCAUACAGCUAGCGACCCGCAAAGAUGACGGACAUUCGUGCCAUUUUAAAAAUGUCGGCCCAACAAGUGCCGAAUUCCCGUGUGACGCUAGUGAAGACUUUUGCGGAAACCCGCUGGUGGUUAACUCGAGAACGCUGGAAACUCAAGGCGAAUCGCCUAAAUGCAUAUAUCACUUAUUAUCGCCGAUCGUGCCGGCCAAGACACCUGUAGACCCUAGAUUUUCUUCGGACAAACCUCCACGGAUACGAAUGAUAUUGCCUGAACUUAAUAGAGUUCUAUGCAGCAAUCGCGUAAGCCAAAUGACAAAAACCUAUAAUGAUAUCGAAGCAGUAACCCAACUAUUAGCAGAAAAAGAAAAAGAUUUGGAGCUUACAGCGCGCAUUGGCAAAGAACUUUUAACCGGCAACCAGACGCUUGAAGCCAGGGUGGGAUUGCUUGAGACAGAGUUGAAGACUGUCAACGAGCGUUACACACAGGCUUCAUACGAGUUACAAAAAAAAAACGACCUCAUCAAAAUACUCAGCAACGAUGCCGACGAAACCGGCUACGAAGCGAAUGAUGAUGCGGUUGAAAACGAAAAGUAUUACGGCGUCAGUGUCGGUUAUUUACAAACACGUCUCAAAAAUCUCGAAGACGAAAACCGCACUUUACGUGGUGAGGCCAAUAGACUUGCAAUGGAAACCGACGAGGUAGAAGCCAAAGAAGCACAGCUAAUGUCUGACUUCGCAUCUCAACUCAGUGUGACGAGGUCUGACCUGUCCGUCAUCAUGGAACAAGCGGACAAACACAGGGAUGAAAAUGUUACACUACACAACAACUGCGAGUUUCUACGUUCAAAAUUGUCCAGCGUCGAGGCGUCGUUAAAAAUCAAAAACGAUGAAAAUGAAGAACUCAUGACUAUGUUGAUGUUGGCAAGGGAUACACAAAAUGAGUUAGCAUCUGAAAUUGUCGAAGUGAAAAAACAAUAUGAAGAAGUACUUACUAUGCUUCACGAAUGUCAAGCCGAACUCAAAGGGUAUAGAGAGAAACAUAUACCACUAGCUCGAGCUGGACCUCUAUUCACGUCUCUUCCUCCAUAUUUGAACUCAAAUGGGCUGCACAGUCAUGGUCAUAGUUCUUUGGAGAGCUCAUUGUUUUCUGAACUCAGUCUAGAUUCAGGAAUAUGUACUGGACGAAUGUCUGGGGCAAGUAGUUAUAAGAAGUCUAUUGGAAUGAUGAAGCUGACGUCGGCUAUGGAAACAAGCACUAGAAAUUUGUCCAGGCAAACAGCUUACAAUGAUCUUACUGAGGAAUCUCCUACUCAUAGUGAUUGUGAUGAUUUCUCUGACACUGAUUCAUUUAUUAUUGAACAACCUGGAAUACCUGGUGCUCCCGGAUCUGAGGAUUUAGCCAAUGCCUUGAAACGGCUGACCCCAGCAUCAAUUAAAGCUCGACGUGCAGCGUUAGGAUCUGGUUUUAUGUUUACUGAUCCUUAUGACUCAGCUGAUACAAGAACCCCUGAUUCGAUUAUGUCUACUGGUAGCAUAAGUUUGUCAACUUGGAAAACACCAAAUAAACUACAGUUGGUUAAACCCAUGCAAGGAUCAUUUACGCUGCAACAGUGGAAUGCUCAAUCAGUCCCAUCUCUGAGCUCUAUUCUGGAAGAACAACCUCAAGGUGUGAUCAAAAAGUGUGAUUCGACUGCUCCUAUAGCAGGGCUUCCUCAAACGUUUAGACUUGAUGAAAUUGAAGAAGAUGAACCUAGAACACACCCUGGAAAAAUGUUUCAAAUGUCUACCCACAUUACUACUAUUACCAAUUCUAGAGUCAUGCAUCCAGAUGAUGGUACAAGUAGUCUAACAACCAGUAUUCGAGGUAGUGCUAUGUCAACUGCAGUAAAUAGCUGUGUCAAUAGUCGAGUGCCUACAAGAGAAACUACACCCAUGUUAUCUAGGAGAAAUUCAACUACAACAUUUUCUACUAAUUGUGGAUUAGCAGCUAUGUUGAAUGAAAGGGGUAUUAGGGCAAUUACACCUUCUGCCCUAGCAACACCUAUGUUUUCUGCAACAGCUACACCUUGUAACAGUCCAUAUGGAUCACCUGGUGGAUCUCCUGAUCGUUCUCGUUCACCUUCACCAUCAGAUUCUCCAUACUCCCAUCCAUUUGGAUUACCUGGAUAUUUAAUGCAUAGUGGUGCAAAAUUAUUGAGAAAAACUUUGACAGGCACUGAAAGAGGGACUGAACACCAUAAGGCCCGCAAAUCAAAAUCACUCGUAAGACCAGACAAAAAGACAUUGGCUGGUAUUCGACUUGUGGAGACAAUGAAACAUUAUAUACCAACUGUUCCACCAGAUAUAUCUGGUCAUCCUGUAUUCGACAUCGGAGACUGUAUUCCCCCAAAGCCUGAAAAUGGUGCAUUGCAACGACGACUAAAACAAUUGGAUAGUGAUAAUAUUGAUGGUGGUCCCAGGCUUCGUAUGGAUUUGGGUACUGUAGGUUCUUCAACAAAUGAUCCUCAGCCUCCGCGGGGUACUCUCAUCAGUUCCAUGUUUUUUGCUCGCAAAGGAGGAUUACUAUAAAAAAAUUAUUUAAACCUAGUUCGCCUUAAAUGUACAAUGGUGCAAUGUUAAUGCAUAAUUUUAUUCUUAAUAAGUUACUGUAGAAACCAAAAGCAAUCAAAUAUAUUUGCUGGUUUAUGUCCUACUCAAUUGACCAUAUUUAAGAAUCAAACUCGAUCACAUAAGUUUCUUUUUUUUAAUCAUUAAGUAUGAUUUCCUUACACAUCCUUUAGUUUAUUCUAAAUUUCAAAAUAUUAAUGUAUUAGGUAUUUCUAAAAAAAGAUCAUAACAACUCUUUACUUUUUUUCAAAUAAUAGACAAUUUUUUCUGAUUUAAUCAAUAGUAGCAAACAUUUUUGUUUAUUAUUUCAUUAAUAGUAACAUAACUAUUAAAAUGUUAUGUAUAUUAAUUAUUUAAUAGUCAUGCUUUGGUCAUGCCUAUAAUACGCAAAUAACGUAUUUGAGAUGCUUUAAGGUGCUAUAUAAUUUAAUUUAUAUU